GAUCUUUAGAUCCGACCCUGACUAAAAAAAGAACCGCCAGGGCAAAAUGUCAAUGUCAAGUGAAGUGAUGCCUGAAGUGAGCGAAAUUAGAAAUCGAACUUUAUCAAACUCUUUCUUUCUAUAGGUAUUCAAUAUUCUUCAUAAUUCUCAUGAAUUUUGUUUUGAUGACAACAAGAAAUUAAACAUAUUUAUUAAACUAACUGCCUAGCUUCCUUGCUACGUAUUAAGAUAAAGAUUAAAUGUGAUAUAAACGACUAUAACCCUAAUCAACUGAAUAUAUAAUUUUCCUUCCUUUGAGCUUAAAUGAAAUGGAAUCAAAAACAGCAUUUGCACUUGAAGAUGGGAUAGAUUUGAGGAAAGUAGUCACCACAGGUUCAGUUCUUCAAAUCAAUUUAGAUUAUGAUGACACAGAAUAUGUAGCAGAAGCAGAGCGUGCAGAGAGUAAGAUUGUUGACAUAAUUGGUAGUCCAGUAAUGGAUUUUAAGAAGUUUGAGGAGAACUUAACUCCAGUAGAUACCGAUGGAUUUGUUAAGAAAAAAAUUAUGGAAGAAGGCGGUGGACUGCCACUGCAUGAGGGCUGCACAGUUUCCAUUGCAUUUUCUGGGUAUUGGGAAUGUGAGUCGGAGCCAUUUGACAUGAAAAGCUGCAGAAAGCCAAUGGUGGUUGAUCUCAAAGAAAAUGGACUACUGCCAGGACUCCAAACAGCAAUCAUGUCAAUGUUGGUUGGGGAAAUGUCUGUGUUUCUCUUGUCCCAUCAAGUAAUGUACGGUGAAAUGGGAAUUCCUCCAAGAAUCAGGCCUAAAGCCUCUUGUGUAUUUUAUAUUAAGCUUGUUAGAAGUAUUCUCACGCCAAAGGAAGGGAAAAUUGACUUUUCUGAAUCAAAUUUAUUCAAAAGGAUAUAUAAGGAAGUUACAAUGCUAUACAGUUCAGGAGUUACUCUGCAUAAAAGCAACAACACCAGUGCUGCUAUACAGUUGUUUAAGAAGGCUGUAAAUAUGUUGCACAAGUGCCGUUUGGCUGACGAGACUGAAGAAAAGAUACAAGAAAAAAUGCUUAUCAAGCUGUAUAUUAAUCUGGCAGUGUGCUAUAAUAAGAUUAAGCAACCUCUUAGAGCAUGUACUGCUUGCAAUGAACUGAAUCGGCUGAAUAGUCUCUGGAAUAAUGGGAAAGCUCUGUUUCACAAUGCUAAGAGUCUCAGAAUGAUUGGAGAAUUUGAUGGUGCAGAGAAAAGACUCAAAAGAGCAAUGAAACUUUGUACAAAUGCUAAAGAUUCCAUUCUCAAGGAAUUCAACAAUGAAUAUGAACUUUUAGAAAAAACACGCAAUUCAUGUAAUCAGAAUAAAUUAUUGGGCAAGAAAAUUGUGAAUAAUCUUGAACUAAUAAGUGACGAUUUCAAAAAAGAAUUUGAUACCUUGAUCAAAAACUUUAAAGAAAAUAGCAAUUUGUGUAAAUUAAAAUUGCCAAAAGGACUAAAUUCAUUAGAAAUAGCUUAUGUGAAGGAAUCGUGUAUAAGAAAUAAUGUGUUCUUCAGUAUAAUCAAGAAGGAUUGUAUUCAAGACAAUGAAGGCGGAAAUUUUGUUUCGGCAGAUAAUGUAGACGAGAACUUUGCGUUAGAUAAAGACAAGGAUGAUGAUGUGUCGACAGAAAAUGAGGACUCGGGCCAUUGCAGAGGCUGACUCGAAUCUUUAUAGUUAAACUAGCUGUGCCCGCGACUUCGUCCGCGUGGAAUAGUUAUUUUGGGCAUCAUAUUUAUUUUUGCAAACAUCCGCGUAUUAGAAAGAACGCUGGUUCGCCGUAUUAAAUGUUUCGCUGCAAAUUGCUUAUAACGACUAUAUCUCAAAACCUAUUUGUCUGAUUUAUAUACUGUAAAUGGCAAUUUUAGUCUACAUGAAAAGCCGAAAGUAAUAAAUAUAUUUAUUUGGAUAAGGAUUAAUACUGAAUUAAAGAAAAUUGGUUUCGAAAUAACUUAUGUUUAUAAUGAAAAAAUAAUCUUAAAAAUGAACAUAAAAGUGGUUAUUGUAAGUAAACCUUAAGAGAUAGAUAUAUGCUCUCGCGGACUUUUUUGUGGCAAAAAAUGAGUACUUCACAUCUUUGGUACAUUGUUUUACUAUAUCUUUGUUGGUUUGUGCAGCGUUCGCGUGGAAAGCUCGCAGAUGGCCGACUCAUUCAACUUUUACCUGCAUUGUUGACGUUUCCCGUAGGAUAUCCGGGAUAAAAUGUAGCCUAUAGCCUUCCUCGAUAAAUAGACUAUCUAACAGUGAAAGAAUUAUUCACAUCGGUUCAGUAGUUUCUGAGAUUAGCGCGUUUAAACAAACAAACAAAACAAACUCUUCAGCUUUAUAAUAUACAUACAUACAUACAUCACGUCACGAUCACGUCUAUAUCCCUUGCGGGGUAGACAGAGCCAACAGUCUUGAAAAGACUGAAUGGCCACGUUCAGCUAUUUGGCUUAAUGAUAGAACCGAGAUUCAAAUAGUGACAGGUUGCUAGCCCAUCGCCUAAAAGAGGAAUCCUAAGUUUAUAAGCCUAUCCCUUAGUCGCCUUUUACGACAUCCAUGGGAAAGAGAUGGAGUGGUCCUAUUCUUUUUUGUAAUAGUGCCGGGAACCACACGGCACUAUUACUUUAUAAUAUUAGUAUAGAUAAUAUGAAAGACUAGCUUUUUGAAGUUUUGUGCCAAAGGCUAAGACAACCUCACUUUGAUUUUCUUUGAUUCUUACCUAAAAUUGCUGACUCGAAUCUUUAUAGUUAAAUAAUAUGAAAGACUAGCUUUUUGAAGUUUUGUGCCAAAGGCUAAGACAACCUCACUUUGAUUUUCUUUGAUUCUUACCUAAAAUUGCUGACUCGAAUCUUUAUAGUUAAAUAAUAUGAAAGACUAGCUUUUUGAAGUUUUGUGCCAAAGGCUAAGACAACCUCACUUUGAUUCUUACCUAAAAUUAAAUUUUUACUAAUGGUGCUAAAAUUGAUAAGUAAUAAUGUGCAUGUGUGGUCGAGUGCCAUGAAUUCAGGAAUUUAAGUACUUAUUAGGAUAGAAAAAUAACUUUCAUAUUUUGUAUUAUAUUUAGUUUUUUUUUCUACUUAGAAAAUGCAAUAAAACUCAUUAAAAUUUAAA